AUGACUCAACAAGCCCCUCCCACCGCGCUCACGCCGGAAGUGCAGGCGAUGGUGGGCGUCAGCGGCGACAUCGUCGAAUCCUGGGGCCUGGUGGACGGCGAGUAUAUGCGUCGCUUCACCCAGGCGCUGAUGGACCCCGACCCGCGUUAUUGGGAUGACGAGUUCGCCAAGUCCACCCGCUACGGCGAGAUUGUCACCCCUCCGAUCAUGGUGAGCUACCUGGCCAGCCGCAUCCGGCCGGACCAGGGCGAUCCCAUCACCGCGGCUUUCGAGGAGAACCCCGAAUCAGACGGCAUCGGCUCCGUGGAGCGUCCUGGCGAAUUGCCGCCCGUGCCCACCAACCUGGUGCGGGUUCUUAACGCCGGCAACGAGAUUGAGGUGUACGCCUACCCGAGCAUCGGCGACAAUAUCUUCUUCCAGAAUCGCUACUCGGAAAUCCGCGAGCGCCUGGGGCGGGACGGUACGCCGUUCCUGAUCAUCACCCGCGAGACCCGCUUCUGGAACCAGAACGACGUUACGCUGUGCAUCACCCGCGCUUCAACCAUCCGCCGCUAG